AUGACUAUAAGGAACCAACGAUUCUCUCUUCUUAAACAACCGAUAUCCUCCACACUUAACCAGCAUUUGAUAGAUUAUCCAACCCCGAGCAAUCUUAGUUAUUGGUGGGGGUUCGGUCCGUUAGCUGGUAUUUGUUUAGUCAUUCAGAUAGUGACUGGCGUUUUUUUAGCUAUGCAUCACACACCUCAUGUGGAUCUAGCUUUCAACAGCGUAGAACACGUUAUGAGAGAUGUUGAAGGGGGCUGGUUGCUCCGUUAUAUGCAUGCUAAUGGGGCAAGUAUGUUUCUCAUUGUGGUUCACCUUCAUAUUUUUCGUGGUCUAUAUCAUGCGAGUUAUAGCAGUCCUAGGGAAUUUGUUCGGUGUCUCGGAGUUGUCAUAUUCCUAUUAAUGAUUGUGACAGCUUUUAUAGGAUACGUACCACCUUGGGGUCAGAUGAGCUUUUGGGGAGCUACAGUAAUUACAAGCUUAGCUAGCGCCAUACCUGUAGUAGGAGAUACCAUAGUGACUUGGCUUUGGGGUGGUUUCUCCGUGGACAAUGCCACCUUAAAUCGUUUUUUUAGUCUCCAUCAUUUACUCCCCCUUAUUUUAGUAGGCGCCAGUCUUCUUCAUCUGGCCGCAUUGCAUCAAUAUGGAUCAAAUAAUCCAUUGGGUGUACAUUCAGAGAUGGAUAAAAUUGCUUCUUACCCUUAUUUUUAUGUAAAGGAUCUAGUAGGUCGGGUAGCUUCUGCUAUCUUUUCUUCCAUUUGGAUUUUUUAUGCUCCUAAUGUUUUGGGGCAUCCCGACAAUUAUAUACCUGCUAAUCCGAUGCCCACCCCGCCUCAUAUUGUGCCGGAAUGGUAUUUCCUACCGAUCCAUGCCAUUCUUCGCAGUAUACCUGACAAAUCGGGAGGUGUAGCCGCAAUAGCACCAGUUUUUAUAUCUCUCUUGGCUUUACCUUUUUUUAAAAGUAUGUAUGUGCGUAGUUCAAGUUUUCGCCCGAUUCACCAAGGAAUAUUUUGGUUGCUUUUGGCGGAUCGCUUACUACUAGGUUGGAUCGGAUGUCAACCUGUGGAGGCACCAUUUGUGACUAUUGGACAAAUUCCUUCUUUCUUUUUCUUCUUGUUCUUUGCCAUAACGCCCAUUCCGGGACGGGUUGGAAGAGGAAUUCAAAAUUCUUACACGGAUGAGACUGAUCACACCUGA